UACAACUAGUGGAAAUAGAAAACAACAACAACAACAAAAAAACGUAGUUUUAAGGAGUGGUUGCAUGCUGCGUUCACAGACACGACGGGAUUGGAAUGAGAAGACGCGCAAAAAAAGUUUUUAGCAAGACAAAUAAUUCAGGAUGCACUGGUUACUAUUCACCAGUUUAGGCCUGCUUGUUUGUUUUCACAGCUAUAUAUCAGCUUUUACGGUGCAAACCAGGACUCUGACAUACGAUGAAUCCUACUAUGAGUAUGUGCCUGAUCGCCUGCAGUGGAACAGUGCAGGGGAACUGUGCAGUCAGCGCUCUGGGGCUUUAGCCACUGUCUCCAACUCAGUAGAGAAGCAAGAGCUAACCAGCUUUUUAAAAUCCUUGAACAUCUCUCAGCCCGUGUGGAUUGCCAGGAAAGUCAUGACACAUCUGACAAGUUCAUUCCAGACCCUGAUUCUGGAGUUCACCGGGCGCUCGGACAGGAAGAAUGCACGUCUCCUACAUAAGUUCCCCUCCAUGGGCUCAGUGACUGUUUGCACACGUCUGCGCUUUGAUCCAAAUUGCUUUGGAAUUUCCACCAUCUUCUCUUAUUCCAUCCAGUCAUAUAUUAAUGAAUUCCAGCUCCGUGCAAAUCUGAUCCAGGGCAAGCUUGUUCAGCUGGCUCUGCUGGUCCAUGGCAUUCAUGGACCUUAUCAUGAAGCCUUCGACCAUGACGACUCAUGGCACUCGGUGUGCGUUUCUUGGACUCAGAAUGGUGGACGCUGGGCACUAUUUAGUCAUGGCCAGUUGGUCUCUAGGGGUGAUGGCCUAAACAGUUCUGACAGCGUUGGUCGUGACGGCCUUUUCAUUAUUGGACAGGAGCAGGAUACCUUUGGAGGCUCUUUUAAGAAGGAUGAGUCCUUCUCAGGGAGCAUCACAGAGCUGCACAUAUGGGAUCGUGUACUGAACAGCAGCGAAAUCUACACCAUGGAAAAUGAGUGUUCACCCAUUUCCUCUGGGCUGGUGUUCAAGUGGAGUGGAGCAGCCAUGGAAAUUGAGUCCUCCCUUACGAAGCUCUGGAGAGACAACCCAUGUCAAGACGGAAAUUCUUUGCAGAAUCAAAGUUUGCCCUUUGAGUUGUUCCACAGCCCUCAGUCUGACGAGGAUUGUGGCAUCUUUGACCCUGUUAUUGAGAGCUGGGGCGAAGUCAAGUGUGACUCAUUCAGAGGUGCUGUCUGCCAGUUUAAGAAAGACGUGCUGGAUGUUAUCUCUUUGCCAAAGACACCAUUCUUUAGUAGAUUGAGCAAGAAUCCUCUGACCAAACCUGUGAUGGAAGAGCUGAGCGGUAACACCUCUUGGGACAGAGACCUGACUUUGCUGCGGCAGCUGACCCAGGCUGUUCUGCAUACUUUGGAGGCCGGUGGCCCAAACCUCCUCACCUCCAGCGAUGUCCUCUACCUCACCCAGAUGAUUGAGAUGGACCUGACUGCACUCGCUAGCGCUCACUCUGCCAGAGUCGAUGCAGCAGAGGUCAUGGUGUCCAUUGCUACCAACUACGUAAAGAUGGCAAGUUUGAUGCUGGAGCCCCACAUGGCUACACAGUGGAUGGGCCUGACAGAAGACGGGGUCAGUGUGGGGCCAUUUAAUGUUGUCAAGAGCAUUGACAAUCUCACUGAAAUUCUUGCAGACAUGCUAUCUGCUGAGGGAAGAGGCUUCACUCUUUCAACCAAGAACAUAGAUGUGUACAUGAAGUGGCAGAAGCUGUCUGACGAGAGCUGUCGACACGUCUUCAAGCCAUCUGCGGUCGGCUCUCACACCGCCAGCAGCAGUGGUCAGAAUGAGUUGCUUAUCCCUGACACUGAGCUCCAGAGGAUGCACACACUGGGAUACAAAGAAUUGAUGUUUAUUCAUACCCACUACAGUCAUUUGAGUGAGAUUGUGUCUGGAGCCGAGGAGCCUGCACUGAGUCACCAAGAGAAAGUUAAAAGAAUCCUCCCAGGUCACCUGGCUUCUGCUGUCAUAUCAGCCACCGUCCGUGAUGCCUCCAAGGCCCAAACAAUCCCUGUGGCCGUCGAAUAUACCCUUUUCUCAUCACAUGUGGUGGAGUAUUCACAGCGUGUUACUCCUGUUUGUGCCUUUUGGAACUUCAGCUUGGUGCAUAAUCAUACCAACAGCUGGUCCGGCGAUGGUUGCAGGGUGACCUUUGCCGGCUCUGGUGUCACUUCCUGUCUAUGUAACCACACCACAAACUUUGCAGUGCUAAUGAAUUACCUGGAGUCGAAGUGGAGUCCUGAGGAAGAGCUUAUAUUGACCAAGCUGACGUUCAUUGGCUCCGGCGCGUCUCUGUGUGCUCUGGUGGUGACCUUAAUGCUGUUCACAGUGCUAGAUAUCCCCAAAUCUGACAGGACGUCCAUUCAUAAGAACCUGUUCAUCGCUCUGAUCUGCGCCCAGGUGAUACUGCUCUGCAGUGGCUCAGCCAUUCACAACAAGGUGGCGUGUACACUGGUGGCGGCACUCCUCCAUCUCUUCUUCAUGGCAGCAUUUAGCUGGAUGCUAGUGGAGGGUCUGCUGCUCUGGAGCAAGGUGGUCGCAGUCAACUUAAGCGAGGACCGACACAUGAAGUAUUACUAUCUCAUCGGCUGGGGUCUGCCAGUUCUGAUAGUCACUAUCACGCUGGCAUCAGCCUCAGGCAAAUACUCGGCUGACGGCUACUGUUGGCUCAGUGUCCAGAAUGGCGUUAUCUGGGGCUUCGCUGGGCCAGUCAUCUUCAUCAUCAUGGUGAAUAUCAUGGUACUGACCAGGGUGGUUGUCAUCACCAUCUCCACAGCGAAGAGACGGUCCAUUAUGUUGGCCAUGGGCACCAGUCCUGCAGAACAAGCCUAUGAGCAAAUGAGGGCUGCAGUGAAAGCAGUGUUAGUGUUGCUGCCCAUCCUUGGACUGACAUGGCUGUGUGGUGUCUUGGUGCCCUUCUCCAUUGUUAUGGCCUACAUCUUCAUCCUCCUCAACUCCCUGCAGGGCCUGUUCAUCUUCCUGAUAUAUGGGGUGUACAACACAGAGGUUCGGAGCACGGUCAACAGGAUCAAGGAGAGGAGAAAAGCGCUUAAUUUUUCAAAUUGUGCCAGUUCCCGACCAUCCAGCUCAGUUACCAGCUCUCGCCCCGUCAGUUUCCCAUUAGGAACUACCCCAAGCCAGGAGGAGGAGGCCACCACCACCUAUACAUGCAGCACCACUCCAGGCUCGGGGAAGGAGGAGGAGAGGACCAGAGGUCAGCUGUCCAUUCCUUGUGCUCCAGAGAGGCUAGAAAAUCCCAUGAGCCAAACGUCCAAAGGCACUCAUCUGCAUAGAAAGGAGCCUCUUUCCUCAGAAGUGGAUGGCUUGCCGGCCGGUUGUAGUCUUCACGUUCCCAUGGAGCUGGAGUUUGCAGCUUCCUGUUUCCCUCGCAGCCCUGCUCCUCAGAAAAGCUACGGCCUCGUCUACGUUGACUGACCGGGCUGGUGACGGUGAUUGUAGUUUCAUAUUGUGAUUCAUUUUUUAACAGAGUUGAUGAAAUGCUUUCUUUGUAUCAUAGCUCCUUUUUCCUUAACUCUCCAGUUUCGCGUCACCUGUGAUUGUUGUUGAGAUGCAGGAAUAUUUGAUACGUCUGUGUCCAAAUAAAGUGCUGCAGGAAUGAGUCCUAAAACCCGGAUAUGAGUUAGCAUUGUUGCCCUUCCGGUUCUCUCCGGUGGGUUUUUUGAAUAGGUUUUUGGCUAGAUGAAAUAAGGCCUGUGGUUAAGGUAAGAGAUUUUAACGUUUUGGUGUACCAUGUAAAACACGUCAGUAACUACCCAUUUGUGAACUUUUAGGUUUUUAAGUUUUUUUUAAAAAGGCGAUUGCUUAUAAGUGGCUAUAAAUGAGACUGUGGACCUUGUCGGGGACAUUAAACGUUAUCACACCAAACACGGAAACUCAUCUUUUUGCUUGUCCGCCUUUGCAGCCUUGAUGUGUUUAAACUCACACUCUUGCAAACUAUUCUAACUCAAACUUUCCAAUUUGUAGAUUUAUCAGUUUAUAGUAAAAUGUACAUAGUAUAGUGUAUUAGGAAGUGUAGUGGUGGUGACGUUGAAGACAUGUGACCAUGGUGUGUUUUCUACUUCUGGUGAUUGCAUUUACGCUUCCAAAAUCAUAAAAGUGGUGUUCAUUUGUGAAGAUUAUGUUGCUGAACAAAAUGUGUCAGUAUCCUAAAGUUUUGUUUGCUACAGACCUUAUUUCCUGCAGUAAUCCAGAAUCGAAUGGAAAAGCCCUGCUGGCUUUUUGAUGAGGGAACCAGGGUGAUGCUUACUUCCAGGUCGGCCGACAAAAGUACGUCAUCCCUGCUGCACUCUACACAGUGCUGCACUCCUAAACAGUAGUUGUAUUUUCAGCGAUCCAGGACUCACUCUGCUUUACACUCUUAUUUUAAAACGGGCUGGAUAAUAAUGUUAGCAAAGUGUUGUCUUUUUUCAGAAUUUGUUACAUUUGUGCUUUUCUUGGUGUAUUCUGCGUCAUGGCUUCACUUACUGUACAUUUGCUUGUGAAAGCGUUA